CUACGGCCUUGUAAUCUCCAUUUAUACGCUAUCGUUCUGUUCCAAUUAUCUGCGACAAUCCUUUCUUUCUCUUUCUCUCUCUUUUUCCCCCACUCUCGGUUUCUAGGGUUUUCCUCUGUUCGGGAGAUUUUGAUCUCAUGCUUUUCUUUUCUUUAUUCUUUUUAUUUUUCCCUCUCAACAAAAAGUGCUAAAGCAGGACUUGGAGUUCAGAGCUGGAUAGUUGCUCGACGCCUUAAUAGGAACUUAAAAGGAAAAAAAAUGCAAAACGAUGUGCAUUUCAUUAAUUUCCUACCUGAUGCCUUGUCAAUAAAGAUUUUCACAUCUUUAGAGGAUCCGUCUGAUCUUGUUCGCUUCAGUGCUGUCUCACGCUCCUGUCGACGUUUUGUGAUUACAAAUGGUCUAUGUAAGCAUCUGUGUCUGAGAAUGUUUCCUCAGUUAUCUAGAGUUGAUCAUGUCAAUGAGCUAGGUGUCACUCUGAAUGGGCAUGCUGAAGCUGGAUCUAGCAAUUUUAUGGAAUGGGAAGCUUUGGAGAGGGAGCAUAGAGUUUAUGCCUCUUUAGCUCGAGGUUUUUUGUCAUUUGCUAUCAGGGAGUGCAUCUCAGAAGCAAUCAUUGCUUCUAGCACUGAUAAUCAUCCAGACGAAAGCAUAGAUAAUACGUUGGAUCCAGGAGAUAGGGUGAGAGGGAGAGCUUCAUACUGGUCAAGUAGCGGACAAAGUAACCCUGCAGUGCCUGAAACAUUGACUUAUAAAUUGAAUGCUGAUUUGUGUGUUAUUACUGAAAUCAAUAUAAAACCUUUCCAAGCUUACUUCCAGUAUCAUUACCCUAUAUACUCCGCAAAAUCUGUGAGAUUCCGCAUGGGUCAUAUCAAGUCCUCCAUGGAGAAUCAUGUGGAUGAGUUUGUAUGGACUUACACCUCACAAGAGUUUCCUAUGGCUCAGGAAAACUGUUUGCAGAAUUUCAAGCUUCCAGAACCUAUUCUAUGCAUUGGUGGAAUAUUACAGAUUGAGCUGCUGGGUAGGGUCCAGAGACAGGAAAUCGAUGGCUUAUUCUAUAUAUGUGUGUGUCAUGUUCAAGUUGUGGGAGUCCCUCUAUCUCCUUUUGGUAUUCAGAUAAUUGAACCCUCAGAAAAAUUUGUGCUGGAGGUACUGAGCUAUACACAGCCACCUUCACCCGAAGAGACCAGGUCUGUAUCUACUCUGCAGAUGCGAGUGAGAAGGGGGAACGUAGUUGACGUUGUGGAAGAUGGUGAUGGAUGGGAUUUAUUUUAUGGAGAAUUAGUUGAGGAUGAGGAUGAGAACGAGGAGGAAGAAGACGUGGACAUAGAAUGAAAUUGUGCUGUUUGUCGGAAACACCAGGGAAUCUAUUGGGCAAGUAGGCUCUUCUGGAGUGUCGUGUAACCUUUUUCUGGAUUAGUUGUUCUGGCUUAAUAUUUUGCUAGUGUUAUCAAUAAUUAUAAGCUUUUAUGGGUU